AGAUGGAGAGUCGGAGGGAGCUUUUUAUGCCUUUUUAAGAAGCCGUCAUCCGUCAGAGGACAGUAUCUUUACACGUUGUUAAAGAUGGCAGCAGCGAGGAAAAGGAAAAGUGAAGCUUUGGGAGAUGAAACCGAGGAUGAGGAGGGAGGAGACGGACGAAGGAGGAUCAGGAUGAACAACAAACACAUCGGCGCUCAUGUUGGUAUUCAAGGAGGGAUCUGGAAGGCGGUGGAGUCCAGCGCGGCGCUCGGCGCCGGCGCCUUCGCUCUGUUUCUGGGCUCUCAGCGCUCGUGGAAGAGGCCGGCGCUGGACCCGGCCGCUGCGGAUCGGUUCCAGGAGAAAUGCUCCGCGCUCGGCUUCGACCCGGCUCACAUCCUGCCUCACGGCUCCUACCUGAUGAACUGCGGAUCGCCCAGAGACGACGUGUCUGAGAAGAGCCGCGCCCUGCUGGUGGACGAGCUGAGCCGCUGCAGCCGCCUCGGCCUCCAGCUCUACAACUUCCACCCCGGAUCCUCGCUGGGCGCCAUCACCACCCAGCAGUGCCUGGACCAGAUCGCCGCAGCCAUCAACCACGCUCACCAGCAGACUCCUGCUGUGGUCACAGUGCUGGAGAACAUGAGCGGUCAGGGCAGCACAGUGGGGGGUCGGUUCUGUGAGCUGCGGCGGAUCAUGGACCGGGUCCGGGACCAGAGCAGAGUGGGGGUGUGUCUGGACACCUGCCACGCCUUCGCUGCAGGUCACGACCUGGCAGCUGACGGCGGCGUGGCGGCCAUGUUGGAUCAGUUUGAUCGGGAAGUCGGGCUUCGCUACCUGAGAGCGGUUCACCUGAACGACUCCAAAGGGAAACUCGGCUCCCACCUGGACCGGCAUGAAGACAUCGGGAAAGGAAACAUCGGGCUCUCGGCGUUCCGGGACGUCGUCAACGAGCCGAGGCUGGACGGCGUCCCGCUGAUCCUGGAGACGCCCGGACGGCCGGGAUUCCAAGACGCCGAGCAAAUCGAGCUUCUCUACUCGCUGUGUGAGAAAAAUAAAGACUGAAACAACCGAGGGCCACGCUGAGGACAAAGACGAGAAAACUAAAACUAAAGUCAGAGUUAUGAACAGUUAAUGAGACUCGAGUCAUAAAAUUGCAACACUUUAUUCUGAAAAUAUAGUUAUUGAAAUAUAACCAUUAUUCUUAAUAUUAUGACUUUGUCCUCAUGGUUUUAUUUGUGUGGCGCUCCAUCACCAUCCAACCUGCUUUAAGGAAAUGUUUCCAUUUUUCAUCCUUAAAUAAACAAUUUAAAUAAAUCUGGUCCUGCGG